AUGCAGAUGCAGAUGAUGCAGAUGAUGCAUCCGAUGCAGCAGAUGCAGCCACGCUUGGUGCUGCAGCAGGCUGUGCUCAAGCAGCCAGCGGUGCUGUCGCAUGCGCGGCCAGCGCAGCCGUGGCUUGGACAGGUGCAUCAGCUUGGUCAGUUGAAUCCUGCACGGCCCAUGGCGAUGCCAGUGGCGAUGCCAACGCCCAUCGUGAAGGCCGUGGUCAAGCCCGUGGCCAGGCCAUUACGAUGGGUUUAUGCUGCCCCUAUGCAGCGCAACCAAAUCAACCAAGGACGCACCAAUCAGGUGGUCCUCCGAUGCCAAGAGCUUGUGGCGACGAAGGUGAUGGCUCCAGAACAGAAGGAGCUUCCCAAGGAGCUUCCCAAGGAGCUUCCCAAAGAGGUGGUGUCCAUGCAGGUGAAGCCACGGCGCAAAGAGCUCCCGCUGAUUGAGGGUCAAGUCCCCAAAGACGCCGGUGUGGAGGGCAUGCACCCAAUCGAUUUCAAAGCGUUUUGGGAGCAGAAUCAGCAAAAUAUGAUUGUGGUCGACCUGCGCGGGCAAGACCGAGCAAGUGGAGCAAUUCCAGGCACAGCACACAUCCCGGCCAUGGAUUUGCUCAAGGAGACCGGGUCGUACGUGGAGAAGUUUCGGCACCAGCCGAUUGUGGCAUUUUUUUUCCAAUAUUCGGCGCAUAGGGCUCCGACGGUUGCCAACUUCUUCAGAAAGAGCUGCCCGUCCAAGCAGCGCGUCGUGGUGCUUGAAGGAGGCUUCAGGGGAUGGGAGGCCCAUGACCUCCCUAUCCAGCAGAUGGAGACGACAAUGUCUCAGAUGGCGUGUGACCAGCUGGCCCUGAAGAUUGGUGGACAUUGCAAUAUCUACCGCUCCUCAGCCGAGUGCUUUCAGCUACCUGAGGCUCCAGACGGGGCCACGGCACUCGGAGGCAGCCUUGGCUUGGAGGCCUUACGUUUGGGACCUGAGGAAAUGUUUCGUUCUGCAGCAACUUCCACAUCUCAACGCCGAGCCAUUCAGCACCGGAUAGCCUUGGCUUUUCUGCGCUUUGCUUUUUCCUUUUUAGCCAUGCAGAUGCAGAUGAUGCAUCCGAUGCAGCCGAUGCAGCAGAUGCAGCCACGCUUGGUGCUGCAGCAGGCUGUGCUCAAGCAGCCAGCGGUGCUGUCGCAUGCGCGGCCAGCGCAGCCGUGGCUUGGACAGGUGCAUCAGCUUGGUCAGUUGAAUCCUGCGCGGCCCAUGGCGAUGCCAGUGGCGAUGCCAGUGGCGAUGCCAACGCCCAUCGUGAAGGCCGUGGUCAAGCCCGUGGCCAGGCCAUUACGAUGGGUUUAUGCUGCCCCUAUGCAGCGCAACCAAAUCAACCAAGGACGCACCAAUCAGGUGGUCCUCCGAUGCCAAGAGCUUGUGGCGACGAAGGUGAUGGCUCCAGAACAGAAGGAGCUUCCCAAGGAGCUUCCCAAGGAGCUUCCCAAGGAGCUUCCCAAGGAGCUUCUCAAAGAGGUGGUGUCCAUGCAGGUGAAGCCACGGCGCAAAGAGCUCCCGCUGAUUGAGGGUCAAGUCCCCAAAGACGCCGGUGUGGAGGGCAUGCACCCAAUCGAUUUCAAAGCGUUUUGGGAGCAGAAUCAGCAAAAUAUGAUUGUGGUCGACCUGCGCGGGCAAGACCGAGCAAGCGGAGCAAUUCCAGGCACGGCACACAUCCCGGCCAUGGAUUUGCUGAAAGAGAUCGGGACGUACGUGGAGAAGUUUCAGCACCAGCCGAUUGUGGCAUUUUUUUGCCAAUAUUCGGCGCAUAGGGCUCCGACAGUCGCCAACUUCUUCAGAAAGAGCUGCCCGUCCAAGCAGCGCGUCGUGGUGCUUGAAGGAGGCUUCAGGGGAUGGGAGGCCCAUGACCUCCCUAUCCAGCAGAUGGAGACGACAAUGUCUCAGAUGGCGUGUGACCAGCUGGCCUUGAAGUGGACAUUGCAAUAUCUGCACUACCGCUCCUCAGCCGAGUGCUUUCAGCUACCUGAGGCCCCAGACGGGGCCACGGCACUCGGAGGCGGCCUUGGCUUGGAGGCCUUACGUUUGGGACCUGAGGAAAUGUUUCGUUCUGCAGCAACUUCCACAUCUCAACGCCGAGCCAUUCAGCACCGGAUAGCCUUGGCUUUUCUGCGCUUUGUUUUUUCCUUUUUAGCCAUGCAGAUGCAGAUGAUGCAUCCGAUGCAGCAGAUGCAGCCAAGCUUGGUGCUGCAGCAGGCUGUGCUCAAGCAGCCAGCGGUGCUGUCGCAUGCGCGGCCAGCGCAGCCGUGGCUUGGACAGGUGCAUCAGCUUCGUCAGUUGAAUCCUGCGCGGCCCAUGGCGAUGCCAGUGGCGAUGCCAACGCCCAUCGUGAAGGCCGUGGUCAAGCCCGUGGCCAGGCCAUUACGAUGGGUUUAUGCUGCCCCUAUGCAGCGCAACCAAAUCAACCAAGGACGCACCAAUCAGGUGGUCCUCCGAUGCCAAGAGCUUGUGGCGACGAAGGUGAUGGCUCCAGAACAGAAGGAGCUUCCCAAGGAGCUUCCCAAGGAGCUUCCCAAGGAGCUUCCCAAGGUGGUGUCCAUGCAGGUGAAGCCACGGCGCAAAGAGCUCCCGCUGAUUGAGGGUCAAGUCCCCAAAGACGCCGGUGUGGAGGGCAUGCACCCAAUCGAUUUCAAAGCGUUUUGGGAGCAGAAUCAGCAAAAUAUGAUUGUGGUCGACCUGCGCGGGCAAGACCGAGCAAGCGGAGCAAUUCCAGGCACGGCACACAUCCCGGCCAUGGAUUUGCUGAAAGAGAUCGGGACGUACGUGGAGAAGUUUCGGCACCAGCCGAUUGUGGCAUUUUUUUGCCAAUAUUCGGCGCAUAGGGCUCCGACGGUCGCCAACUUCUUCAGAAAGAGCUGCCCGUCCAAGCAGCGCGUCGUGGUGCUUGAAGGAGGCUUCAGGGGAUGGGAGGCCCAUGACCUCCCUAUCCAGCAGAUGGAGACGACAAUGUCUCAGAUGGCGUGUGACCAGCUGGCCCUGAAGAUCGGGAAGGAUGUCUCGAAGGUCAACUGA